AUGUCGGACUGGGUCUUCCCGGCAUCCGCAAGAACAUACAAGAGGGGCUCCAGGAUCAAGAAUCUUCUCGCACGCCCUGGGGAUGUCGACUUCCUGGAGGGUCUUGCGGUUCAACUUGCGCUGGCCAGUCUUGCCAACGGUUGCGACAAGCCUGACUACCCCCGAAACACCCUCGUCGCCCUUAUGAAAUUCUGCCAGCGCCACUGCGUCCACCUCAUAAGUGACGAGAUCUACGCCUGCUCAACAUUUGACUCGGGCGACCCUUCCGCCACUGAGUUCACAUCCAUCCUUGCCAUUGAUCCCGAGGGCCUCAUCGACACCGAACGCCUCCACGUAACCUACGGUUUCAGCAAGGACUUUGGCUCCGCAGGCCUCCGCAUUGGCGCCAUUAUCACUCGCAGCAGAGCCGUCGAUGCCGCUAUUCGGGGAGUCAUCCGCUUCCACAACCCGGCCGGGCCCAGUCUCGCCAUUGGCGCCGCCAUGCUGGAAGAUCGGAAAUGGUGCCGCGAGUUCGUGGAACUCAACCGAGUCAAGUUGAAGGAAGCCUAUGGCGUUGCCACUUUGGGGCUAAAGGACAUUGGCGUGGAAUAUCUGCCGGGGAGCAACGCGGGAUUCUUUUUGUGGAUUGACUUGUCGCCGUAUCUGCCGACCGACUUGGAUGGCGAGCCGAAUGCCGAGUUUGCCCUGGCAAAGAAGCUGUUGGGAAAUGGGGUGUUUUUGCAUCCUAGGGAGGAACAUUCGCUCAGGCCGGGCUGGUUUAGGAUGGUUUAUACUCAGGAGCCGGAUGUUGUGAAGGAAGGCAUUAAGAGGAUUAAAAAGACUAUUUUGCAAUAA